AUGAGAAACAGUUCAGGUCCCAAGCUAGAGCAGUCAGUCACCCUGCCCCGCCCCCCCCCCCCCCUUUUAACUGCCUCAGUGUGGGUCGCGUUGUACUUUGGAUUUCUGGGGCUGUGCUCUAUUAUAACUGGCGGCUGCAUUCUCUUUCUGCACUGGAAGAAGAACCUCCAGCAGGAGGAGCGUGCCCAGCAGUGCACUUACAGCCCACUCCUGUACUAGAUAAACAAGCGAUGCCAAUAUGGCAUGAAUGCAGCUAUCAACACAGGCCCUCCCUGGGCUGUUACCAAAACUGAGAUUAAAGUUGAGAUUCCAGAUUCUCUGUGGGGGUCAGACACCCCUGAAGGCAGGCAUUAUGCCAACAGAGGCAGCAGCCCCAAGGCAGAGGCCUCUGUUCCCCUGCAACCUGAUCUGGUGGUCCCACAGCAGCCUCUUUCUAACUGGAUGGCAUAGCACAGGACCAGAUCUCCAUUCCCAAUUAUGUUUUAGGAGAUACCCUUUGUCCCGCCCCUUCACAAUCAACCUCCAAUGCUGAACCACUCUGCCUGCUACUCAUUUGCCAUCUGUAUCAAGAGUAAUGUCCACUUCUAUUCCCUUCCCACACUGACCCAUGGGGUGAACUGUUUCAAUGCAAAGCCUUUUGCUUCAGAGCUAUAGCCUCCUCACUGAAGGUGGGAGCUUUAGGUGCCAGGGGUAUUAGAAAAGGGAGCUAACCUCAGGAAAGUAAUAUUGACACAGAGAUCAGAGCCCAUUUAGAUGUUACAUUAUUAAAGAUUUUUGAAAAGUUACUCUAUUGUGUCUCAUCUGCCUUAGGAGGACAGUACCCUUCCCCUGUUUGAUGGGGGCACAAGUCUCACCAAUACAAUGAGAAUUGGAGGUUGGCUUUGAAGAGACACA